CCCCUCUGUGCCAGAUGCUAUUCUUGCCCUUAAAGGAUACACAAGGGAGGCUGAGACAAUCCCUAAAUGCAUUGCAGCCCAGUGAUGGAUAUCAGGAGAUCUUCUUCAAGAUCCGUUUAACAACUGACCUCAUCAUGUAUGGUGAUAAUCAGGGUUCCCUUUUAGACUUCUUACAAUAUGAACAGAGGUAGGCUGUGUUUGUGAAGCAUGAGAAAAGGCAUCUUAUCUCCUGUAUGGGUAGAGCAAAGUAGCAACUCCUGUCACAGACCAAAGAGUCUACACAUGGACGUAAACAUGAGUUGAAGAAAUUUGAAGAUCAAGGCGUUCUAACUGGCAUCUGUCUUCAGUGGGCAACAACUGCGUUCAGGAUAACAAACCAAGUGACAGGAUGAUUAGGGGAGAAAGCCACCAGAUGCCAUUCCUCUGGGACUGGCUCACUGACCCAAUCAGGAUCUCUGCUUCUGUUGGUUGGAUGUGGACAUCAGUAUAUAAGAAGAAGUUUCAGUCUUCGCUAAAGUUCUGGACUGACUGGCAGCUAAAGAAGAUCCGACCAGUAGCUGCAUCACUUGGCAACAACAAGCGGAACCAUGAGUGGCGAUCCAGAGAUGGAGUGUUUUGGUGCGGCGGCCAUAUACCUCCGGAAGCCGGAGAGGGAGCGCAUCGAAGCUCAGAACACGCCGUUUGAUGCUAAAACUGCGUAUUUUGUGGCCGAGCCAGCUGAGAUGUACCUGAAGGGGAAGCUGAUAAAGAAGGACGGUGGUAAAGCCACUGUGGAAAUUCAGGGUGGAAAGAACAUCACUGUGAAGGAUGACGACAUCUUCCCCAUGAACCCCCCGAAGUUUGACAAGAUUGAGGACAUGGCCAUGAUGACCCACCUCAGCGAGCCUUCUGUGCUGUAUAACCUCAAAGAGCGUUACGCAGCAUGGAUGAUCUAUACCUACUCAGGGCUGUUCUGCGUGACUGUGAACCCCUACAAGUGGCUCCCAGUCUACGACUCAGUGGUUGUAGCAGGAUACAGAGGCAAGAAGAGGAUUGAGGCUCCGCCCCACAUCUUCUCCAUCUCUGAUAACGCCUAUCAGUUCAUGCUCCAAGAUCGUGAAAACCAGUCAAUUCUUAUCACUGGAGAAUCCGGUGCUGGAAAGACUGUCAACACCAAACGUGUCAUACAGUACUUUGCGACAAUCGCGGUUUCUGGAGGCUCGAAAAAAGAACACACUCCUGGCAAGAUGCAGGGGUCGCUGGAGGAUCAAAUAAUUGCAGCUAACCCCCUGCUGGAGGCUUAUGGUAACGCCAAAACUGUGAGGAAUGACAACUCUUCACGCUUUGGUAAAUUCAUCAGAAUCCAUUUUGGAUCCACUGGAAAGUUGGCAUCAGCUGACAUUGAAACAUACCUGCUGGAGAAGUCUCGCGUGACCUUCCAGCUGUCAGCGGAGAGGAGCUACCACAUCUUCUAUCAGCUCAUGACUGGACACAAGCCCGAGCUGCUGGAGGCUCUCCUCAUCACCACCAACCCUUUUGACUAUCCGAUGAUCAGCCAGGGUGAGAUCACCGUGAAGAGCAUCAAUGACGUUGAAGAAUUCAUCGCCACUGAUACUGCCAUCGAUAUUCUGGGCUUCACCCCAGAGGAGAAAAUGGGCAUCUACAAGCUGACUGGAGCUGUGAUGCACCACGGGAACAUGAAGUUCAAACAGAAGCAGCGUGAAGAGCAGGCUGAGCCUGAUGGCACUGAGGUGGCUGAUAAAAUCGCUUACCUGAUGGGCCUGAACUCCGCUGACAUGCUCAAAGCAUUGUGUUACCCGAGGGUCAAGGUUGGCAAUGAAAUGGUGGUCAAAGGCCAGACUGUGCCACAGGUUCAAAAUGCUGUCAAUGCACUCACAAAGUCUGUCUAUGAGAAAAUGUUCUUGUGGAUGGUGGUCAGGAUCAACGAGAUGCUGGACACCAAACAGCCCAGAAACUUCUUCAUUGGUGUGCUGGAUAUUGCCGGCUUCGAAAUCUUUGAUUUCAACAGCUUGGAGCAGCUGUGCAUCAACUUCACCAACGAAAAGCUGCAACAGUUUUUCAACCACCACAUGUUCGUCCUGGAGCAAGAAGAGUACAAGAAAGAGGGAAUUGAAUGGGAGUUCAUUGACUUCGGUAUGGACCUGGCUGCCUGCAUUGAGCUGAUAGAGAAGCCAAUGGGGAUCUUCUCCAUCCUUGAAGAGGAGUGUAUGUUCCCCAAGGCAACAGACACGACCUUCAAAAACAAACUCUAUGACCAACAUAUUGGCAAAAGUGCUCCCUUCCAGAAGCCCAAGGCUGCUAAAGGCAAAGCUGAUGCCCACUUUUCUCUCAUCCACUAUGCUGGUACAGUUGACUACAAUGUCAAUGGCUGGCUGGAUAAGAACAAGGAUCCUCUGAACGACUCAGUUGUUCAGCUCUACCAGAAGUCUUCAGUCAAGCUGCUGGCUUUGCUGUACCUGUCCCACUCUUCUGGAGAUGAUGCCAAAGGUGCCAAGAAAGGUGGCAAGAAGAAGGGAGGCUCUUUCCAGACUGUAUCAGCUCUCUUCAGGGAAAAUCUUGGGAAGCUGAUGACCAACUUGAGAAGCACUCACCCACAUUUCGUGCGAUGUUUGAUUCCAAAUGAGUCCAAAACUCCAGGUCUGAUGGAGAACUUCCUGGUCAUCCACCAGCUGAGGUGUAACGGUGUGCUGGAGGGCAUCAGGAUCUGCAGGAAAGGUUUCCCCAGCAGAAUCCUCUAUGGUGACUUCAAGCAGAGAUACAAAGUAUUGAACGCUAGCGUCAUCCCAGAUGGUCAGUUUAUUGACAACAAGAAGGCUUCUGAGAAGCUCCUGGAGUCAAUUGAUGUGGAUAAAUCCCAGUACAGAUUUGGACACACCAAGGUCUUCUUUAAAGCCGGACUGCUGGGAACACUAGAGGAGAUGCGGGAUGAGAAGCUGGUGGAGCUGGUCACAAUGACUCAGGCUCUGUGCAGAGGCUCACUCAUGAGGAGGGAAUUUGUUAAGAUGAUGCAAAGACGGGAGGCAAUUUAUUCCAUCCAGUACAACAUCCGCUCAUUCAUGAACGUUAAAACAUGGCCAUGGAUGAAGUUGUACUUCAAGAUCAAGCCUUUGCUCAAGAGUGCAGAGACAGAGAAGGAGAUGGCCCAGAUGAAAGAGGACUUUGAGAAGACCAAGGAGGAGUUAGCGAAGGCUCUGGCUAAGAAGAAGGAGCUGGAGGAGAAGAUGGUUACUCUCCUGCAGGAGAAGAAUGACUUGCAGCUCCAGAUUCAGUCUGAGUGUGAAACUCUGUCGGAUGCAGAGGAGAGAUGCGAAGGGCUCAUCAAGGCCAAGAUUCAGCUGGAGGCCAAAGUCAAAGAGACGGCUGAGAGGCUGGAGGAUGAGGAGGAAGUCAAUGCUGAGCUGACUGCAAAGAAGAGGAAGCUGGAAGACGAGUGCUCAGAGUUGAAGAAAGACAUUGAUGACCUGGAGCUCACUCUGGCCAAAGUGGAGAAAGAGAAGCAUGCCACUGAGAACAAGGUUAAAAACCUGGUGGAAGAAAUGGCUUCUCAAGAUGAGACCAUUGCCAAACUGACCAAGGAGAGGAAAGCCCUCCAAGAGGCCCAUCAGCAAACUCUCGAUGACCUUCAGGCAGAGGAGGACAAAGUCAACACUCUGACCAAGGCCAAGGCCAAGCUGGAGCAGCAAGUGGAUGAUCUUGAAGGUUCCCUGGAACAGGAGAAGAAGCUUCGCAUGGAUCUUGAACGGGCUAAAAGGAAGCUGGAGGGAGACCUGAAACUGGCUCAUGAAACGAUUAUGGAUCUGGAGAACGACAAGCAGCAGUCUGAUGAGAAAAUCAAGAAGCGGGACUUUGAGAUGAGCCAGCUUCUGGGCAGGAUUGAUGAUGAGCAAGCAGUCGAGAUUCAGCUCCAUAAGAAGAUCAAAGAGCUUCAGGCUCGCAUUGAAGAGCUGGAGGAAGAGAUCGAGGCUGAGCGGGCAGCCAGAGCCAAGGUGGAGAAGCAGAGGUCUGAUCUCUCCAGGGAACUUGAAGAGAUCAGUGAGCGUCUGGAAGAAGCUGGCGGAGCAACUUCUGUUCAGAUUGAGAUGAACAAGAAGCGCGAGGCUGAGUUCCAGAAGCUGCGACGUGAUCUUGAAGAGUCCACGCUGCAGCACGAGGCCACUGCCGCGGCUCUCCGUAAGAAGCAGGCGGACAGUGUGGCAGAGCUGGGAGAACAGAUCGAUAACCUCCAGCGAGUCAAACAGAAGCUGGAGAAAGAAAAGAGUGAAUACAAGAUGGAGAUCGACGACCUCAGCAGCAACAUGGAGGCCUUGGCCAAGUCAAAAAGCAACUUGGAGAAAAUGUGUCGCUCUCUUGAAGAUUCACUGAGUGAACUGAAGGCCAAGAGUGAGGAGCAAGUGCGCCACUUAAACGAAAUCAAUGUUCAAAGAGCAAGAUUGAUGACGGAAAAUGGGGAGUUUGGUCGUCAGCUGGAGGAGAAGGAGUCACUUGUCUCGCAGCUCACCAGAGGGAAGCAGGCGUUCAUUCAUCAGAUUGAAGAGCUGAAGCGGCAUCUGGAGGAAGAAGUCAAGGCCAAGAACGCUCUGGCUCACGCCGUCCAGUCAGCUCGACACGACUGCGACCUUCUCAGGGAGCAGUAUGAGGAGGAGCUGGAGGCUAAAGCUGAGCUGCAGCGUGCCAUGUCCAAGGCCAACAGCGAAGUGGCCCAGUGGAGGGCCAAAUACGAGACUGAUGCUAUUCAGCGCACAGAGGAGCUGGAGGAGGCAAAGAAAAAGCUCGCCCAGCGGCUCCAGGAGGCAGAGGAGUCCAUUGAGGCGGUGAACGCCAAAUGUGCCUCUCUGGAAAAGACCAAACAGAGGCUGCUUGGUGAAGUGGAGGACCUGAUGAUUGAUGUGGAGAGAGCCAACGCUCUCGCUGCCACCCUCGACAAGAAGCAGAGGAACUUUGAUAAGGUUCUGGCAGAGUGGAAGCAGAAGUACGAGGAGAGCCAGGCAGAGCUGGAGGGAUCCAUGAAGGAGGCUCGUUCUAUGAGCACUGAGCUGUUCAAGAUGAAGAACUCAUAUGAGGAGGCUCUGGAUCACCUGGAGACCUUGAAGAGGGAGAACAAGAACCUGCAACAGGAAAUCACUGACUUGACCGAGCAUAUCGGCGAAUCGGGGAAGACCAUUCAUGAGCUGGAGAAAGGAAAAAAAGCUGUUGAGAAUGAGAAAGCAGAAAUUCAAACAGCCCUUGAAGAAGUUGAGGCCACUCUGGAGCAUGAAGAAUCAAAGAUCAUCCGUGUUCAGCUUGAACUGACUCAAGUCAAGAGUGAAAUCGACAGGAAACUGGCAGAGAAGGAUGAGGAGAUUGACCAGAUCAAGAGGAACAGUCAGCGGGUCAUUGAGACCAUGCAGAGCACUUUGGAUGCUGAAAUCAGGAGCAGGAAUGAUGCCCUCAGAGUGAAGAAGAAGAUGGAGGGAGACCUGAAUGAGAUGGAGAUUCAGCUGAGCCACGCCAACCGCCAGGCUUCUGAGGCUCAGAAGCAGCUGAGGAACGUCCAGGGACAAUUUAAGGACGCCCAGCUGCACCUGGAUGAGGCUCUGAGAAGUCAGGCAGACAUGAAGGAGCAGGUGGCCAUUGUGGAGCGCAGGAACAACCUGAUGAUGGCUGAGAUCGAGGAGCUGAGAGCUGCUCUGGAACAAACUGAGAGAAGCCGCAAAGUGGCUGAACAGGAGCUGGUGGAUGCCAGCGAGCGCGUGGGACUUCUCCACUCACAGAAUACAAAUCUACUCAACACCAAGAGAAAGCUGGAAGCCGACCUGGUCCAAGUCCAGGGGGAGGUGGAGGACACCAUCCAGGAAGCUCGAAAUGCAGAAGAGAAAGCCAAGAAAGCCAUCACUGAUGCUGCCAUGAUGGCAGAGGAGCUGAAGAAGGAGCAGGACACCAGCUCUCACUUGGAGAGGAUGAAGAAGAACCUGGAGGUGACCGUCAAAGACCUGCAGCACCGUCUGGAUGAGGCUGAGAAUUUGGCCAUGAAGGGAGGCAAGAAGCAGCUCCAGAAACUGGAGGCCAGAGUCCGAGAACUGGAGGGGGAGGUGGAUGCUGAGCAGCGACGUGGCGCCGAAUCUGUGAAAGGUCUGCGGAAAUAUGAACGCAGGGUAAAGGAGCUCACCUACCAGACUGAGGAGGACAAGAAGAACAUCGCAAGACUUCAAGAUCUGGUGGACAAACUGCAGCUCAAAGUCAAAGCCUACAAGCGGCAGUCAGAGGAAGCUGAGGAGCAGGCCAACACUCACCUGUCCAGGUACAGGAAGGUGCAGCACGAGCUGGAGGAAGCUCAGGAGCGCGCCGACAUCGCCGAGUCCCAGGUCAACAAGCUGAGGGCCAAGAGCCGCGACAUCGGGAGGGGUAAAGAGGCUGAAGAGUGAACGUCAGUCAGGACCGGUUCAGAAGAUGGAGUCAUACUAUAUGAUCUACCUCUUGGACGUGUGGCACUGAAAUAAAAAAAGCAAGC